CUCUGUCUUUGCAGUGGCCUUUACACUCCCUCCUUUUACCUAUGGCAUGCUGAAGGGUUCUUGGUGUUCCUGGUAUUGCCCUGUAGUUGUGUGAGAGUGUUUAGAGUGGUGAUUUGGGGGAACUCUUGGAUUUAUGGUUGCUUGUGCAUGCAAGGACCUGGAUAUGCUGGCCUAGGAAGCCUCCUCCAGCUGUAUUCCUGUAUGAUCCCUUUCAUAAUUGUACCUGUCUCCCUCUUGAGAGCAGUUUGGUUUCUUCCUUCUGUUAUUUCUUUUGGAAGGUUGUUUCAGGACUUCAUUCCUCAGAGAUCUGUAAAGGUCCAACCUUAAUGUAUGCAUGACCAGUUUGUAUCUCGUUGUUGUGUCACUGCUGGGCUACUGGUGGACCAGGGAAUUUGGAGGACAUGACUAGUGAUGGACGUGGCCUGCCAUUGAAUCUGGGGUGCCCUGGUGGACACGACCAUCUUCAGGGUUGGGGGUGAGCGAGGGCGGCCCUCAAUUGCUAUGUGGCCACUUUGCUUGCCACCACUUCCGCCACGGUGAGCACCCACCUGACCUGUGACCCCUUGCUGCCACCCCAUGCCAGAUCCAGAUCUGGAUUUAGCUCAGCACAAGAUAACUUGCCCUGGAGUGUUGCUGAAAGACAAAGGAGCACUCUAUCUCAGUGUCUGUGUAUUUGGGCAGUACAAAAAGACUCGAUGUGUCCCUGCAGCAUUUCCACUCUUCUUUGAAGACAUACUAGAAUUCGAAAAGGUAUUUACUAACGUUGUUGAUCCUGGAGACCUUGUUGAGCUACUUGAAUUUGACACUGCAGUACUUGAACUAAUACAACUUGUUCCUCCAGUUGGAGAAAUUCUAGCAACUUAUGAAGAAAAUACAAGAGAUUUCCUGUUUCCUGACCCUAAGGUUACUCGCGGAAACCAUGGUUCAGAUCGUGAGAUUUUAAUGAAGAGGUCCUUUAGCUUUACAGGAAUUGCACCAAAAUUGAGAUUUUCUACAAGCUCCCUUAUUACAGAAAGUGUGUUAAGUUCAGGAAGGAUUCACACACAGGAUCAUUUGGAUCGGGUGCAUCAUUCAACACCAAAUGGAAAAUUGCAAACAAGGUUACCAAAGAAAAACACUCUUUCACCUGAGAGAGGCAGGCAUAGCCCAGCAACAAAGAACUACGAGCAACCCACAAUAGCUUCUAAAUCACGAUCUCCAUCUCCAUACACAAAAAGACGAAUGUGUGAGCUAUCAGAAGAAGCCAGACAACGCCUGGCCCAUUUAAACCUUGGGCCUUUUGAAUUCAGAAGAGAAACUGAUAAACCACCAUUUGUAGUUAGACGUGUUGAACAUCCAAGUCCCUCUGGCGAUCUUCCUACCUGGUGUACCCCCAGAGAGAGUGCAAGAGAAGCCUGGUCCCGAGUAACCUGUGAUCCUUCUCUUCUUGGCAGCUACAGACCUAAGAAAACUAAAGUAAGGUCUUCUCAUGGGAAAGACCUUGAUGACUUUUCUGACAGCUGUGAUGAGCACCUCACAUCGGGUACAGCUAGGCAGUUUCGUUUUUCUAGUUCCUUAAUACGUUCCGCACCCUCCUCAUUGCAGAAACAUUCCUUAAGUUCUGUGCUAAACCGGUCUUCUCUUACGGAAAGAUUUAACUCUGAUUGGUCUACACCUGCAAAUGGAGAAGAGAUCCAUAAAAGAGUGAAAAAUAUUUUAAGAACGCACAGUGCUAGGCAAAAGCUGACUUUUGAUGAGAGUAACUCAUCAAAAGAAGGCUCGAAUAAGACAAAAGGAAGCUCGUUUAGGGACUCAUGUAAAGACUCCUCAUUGGGCAGCAAUCUCCAGAGCAGUUCAUCCGUGCAGCAGAACACCACCGUUCACUUAGAUGAUGGUGAAUAUUGGUCCAGUCGAGCAGCUGACUAUAAAGGAAAACCUCACAGAGCUAUCUUUGAAGACAGCCUGGAGAAAAUAUACAGAAACAUGUACAAAAAAGCUUCCAGCACUAUUUUGGAAAGAAAAUUACACUCCUGAUAGCAAUCCUACUGGAAGUGCAUAGUACAGAAGAUUAAUAUUUUUAAUGAAAAUUAUUUUUGCAUAACAAAUAUUUGUACUCCCAUUUUUUAAUGUGUAAUGUUCACUGGGAAGACCUGUUAUGGGCUAGUGGGGCCUUUGAACAGGAACCCCUAAAGGAAAAGCAUUGAGAUUGAAAACAGAUUUCCAAGCUAUUGAACACUUGAAUGCGGUGCAUUAUCCCCUUAGAAAGCCAGUGUGGUGCUUUUUCACCACCACUUCUCUUUUCCGACUGUUCAAAUUGGAAGCCAGUACUAAGUCUUUAGAUCAGGAGUGGCCAGCCUGUGGCAUGAGUGCCACAAGGGACAUGGCCAGCCCCUGUGUGCAGCACACAGCAGCAGGGAGGGGAUAGGCAACACAGCAGCAGAUGGAGAAGGAAGCAGAAGGCAGAGCAGGAGAUCAGGCAGAGAGCACAGGGCAGAAGAAAGAGCAGGGGAUUGGGCAGAGUGUACAGAGUAGAAAGCAGAGCAGGAGAUCAGGCAGAGGAAGGGGACCCGAGUGGCACUUGGAGAGGGUGUGGGGCUUAUUUGUGGCGCUCCUGUCAAAAAAAGUUGGCCCCACUGGUCUAGAUCGUCAUCAAGGCAGGCUUUCAGUGAGCCCAGCUUUACCUAAAUUAUUAAAACUGAUACAAAAUCUGUUUCCAAGUUUGGUAAUGGGUGAUGGCAGGAGGAGGGAGAAAGAACAAGUCAGAAUAUAUCCUUGUCUGUUCAAGAGCUGCAUCUAGAAGGUAAAUGCCUGGUCAUACAUGGUGUGGAAAUAGAGAAAGAUUUCCUGCCCCCACCCCAAAGCAAAUGCUUCCUAACAUUUCUAAGCAUGAAGUUACUAUUAAUGUCAGACUCUUUUAAAAACAAAAAUGAAACAAAACCACUCUCUUUGGAGUGGAAGGAUGUCCCUUCUUCCCGCAGCCCAGUUCACUGCCUUGAACAGGGUCCAGAUUCCUUGUUGAAAGCAGCAGUCGCUUUUGCUGACAUGCUUAAGAGGUGGGGAGGGGGUCGCAGAUGCCCAGAGCUAGGCAAUGAGCUCGUAUGCCCAGUGCAAACAUUUUGAAGUCCCUGCAUCGCAAUCCCACCAAACUUGGAGUCUGUCCUUACAAGCCUGCUGGGGCUCUAUUGGCAGGAACAUCAUUUUUUUGUUAAAGGCCACCAAAUGUUCUUCAGCAGUUCGAUGCUUUCCCCAGAGAGGUAACCUUCUCAGCCUCCAAUUGAACAGAUCUCACAUCAACAGGCCAGGGCAAAUUGCCCAUCUAUUGAAAAAGCUGAAUGACUGAAAAGGGCAAGAGUGUCCUUCUCCUGCUUUGUUUAAAAUAGAGGAGGGAAACAAAUGUGCAUCCUGGCUCGUUCACUGAAUAAGUGGGCGGGGCGGGGAGCAGAUUUGGUUACACUAGCAUCAUUUUGUCUGCUUAUUUAGACAGAUAAAACCAUCAAUACAGGCAGCAAAAUAUAUAACUAUAACCUGCCAAUAUGCAUGGAAUAGACCAGUGGGGAGCAUCCUUUUUGGCAGGCAUGCCACAAAGUAAUACUUCUCCCCCACCACCCCAAGUGCCACUUCGAUCCCCUUCCUCUUCCCGAUGGACCGUUCUGCUUUCUGCUCCCUGCCUGAUCUGCUGCUCUGUAUACUGCAACGUGCCCUAUCUUCUGCUUCUGUGUUGCCUGCCCCCUCCCUGGUCUGUCACACAGAGGUUGCCCAUGGUACUUGUGGGGCACGUGCUGCCCGUUGGCCACCCCUGAAAUAAACCAAAGGUUGGCUGACGCUCGGCCCAUCCGUCAGUGCUACUGUAACAUCACCGAUUUUUAAGGAAAGAGCCAAUGAGUGAUGUUAGUGGAACAAUUACCUUGCACUAGAGGGCAUGCCCGUUUUGUUCAAGUCGGGGAGCAACCUACGCCAUGUACACUGAGCUUCAGCCAAAAGUUCCCUUCCGAGCAGCGCGCUGGAAUCCCUUUCUUACGAGUUAAUGGAAAAUUCGUACCCAGAAUGCGACUUCAGGCCCAAAUUGCUCAGAUCUGCCAAGCAAAGUCUGCAAACCACUUGUUUUAAAAGCUUCUUGGCCUCUCUGCCAUUUGUGUGCUCGGGUAACCUUCCAUUAAUAUGCAUACAGCUCAAGUGCAGAGAAGACUGCUGCUUCUCAGCGACUGCAGCGAGUGAUAAGUGUAGUCUCAGGCAGUGAACCAACAUAGUAAUAAACUGUAAUUGUUUAGUGCACCUUGCCUUCUAAUACAAUUUAAAUCCCUUCUAUCAAAUGCAAAUUUCUAGGUUCCUGAGUAGAGCUUUAAAUAACAUUUUCUGUGCUCCUUCCUUAUCUUUUGCCAUCCACAAAGUGGUGUGUUAGUGACAGUAAGAUGGCAUAAUUCCACUACCAUCAUUUUACCUCCUAAAGGAAAACUGCCUACUCAAAUCUAGAAAUAAUGGGCUAGAUUAAGAGAGAAUUAGACUUUAUCGGGUAAGUCUUUUCUUUCUUUUUUUUUUUUCCCUCCCUCCAUACUGUCACAGCUCAUGAGUAUUUCUAACAAGCCAUUAUUUGCCUUCUGGUAUUGUUGAUGACACACAAAUGUAAAUGGUGUAAUAUUUUUUAAUCACUUUCAUUUUAAUAAGUCAAACUGAAGCUAUUUUUGUCCUCAUUCCCAGUACUGCAGCAAUUUCAUACGAUUGUUUUUUUUUCUUUUUUGCAAAAACAAAACAGUGGUCCUCAAUGGAAAUCUGGGUUCUUUGCUUAACGAUAGUAGCAUUUAAAAACUGUUCAGCAUUGCCCUGUGGUGAAUUAAGGGGUUGAAAUGUCAAGUUUUUUAAGCAUCAGCUUUGUCUAAUUUUCGAGCUAAGGGAAUCUGGUCCGUUGAAGAUGUAGGAAUGGAAAGGCCAGUGGAGAGAUGGACUGAAACUCUUUAAACUUUUAGGCUAAACAUUUCGAGCAGCUUAAAAUGCAAUGAGGAAAAAUCACUAGAGUCUUAAUACUAGCUGCCUGUAGGUGUUCAGUGGGGCAACAGAAAAAAAAAAGAAACAUGGUAUAGGGAGAUGACUUUUCAAGUAAAUAACAAACCUGGGAAUCCAAAGAUUUACUUCUGGCUGUGCUCAUAGUCUCACAAAAGACCUUGGCAAAUCAUUGCACCUCUCUGCCUGUAUCCUUCUAUAAAAUGGGGGAAAUGAGGUGAGGCUUAAUUAAAUGUUUACAAAAUGCUUUGCAGUCUGGGGUGGAUGUGGUUAUAAAAUGGUUUUCAUUUUUGUCCCAGAUUUUUUUUUUAAUUCCAUCUCCAGUCCUUAACACAACUUCAGUCUAGAUUUUUCCCAGUGCGCUACUGGUUUUUGUUAUCAUGUCACGGUCAGAAAUCACAGAAUCAUAGUUUGGAAGGAGCCUCAAUCCCCUGUUCAGGCGCAAAGUUUGCAAUUGUUAAACCAAGCCCUGGUCUUGCUGAGAAGGGAGUCUGCUAGAGCUGGCAGACUUCACUGGAAACAAAGAAUAAGACAUUGCUUUUACAAUUGCUGUUGGCCUAAUCUUCAUUUAAAUGAUCUCAUGUGGGUCCUGGUCUUCCUUAUCCUAUAUACUGUUUGCUCCCGCAAGCUCCUCCACUUCAGUUCCUUCUACUGGCGCAUUAACCAAUGUGACAGACCUCUCUGUCACACAUGGCUUAUUCCUCCUCUCGGCCUUUCCUUGUGUAGGUAAUUGUUCACGCCGCACAGUGGCUUAUUUUGACAAUUAAAAAAAUAUUACAGUUGAUGCCUUGUAGUAGCAACAUGUUGGAAGCGGUAUCUUGGUGCUAUGUGGUUCUUAAGCAGCUUGUGCUAUUUUGGGGAGUGUCUGCUGAGUGCAUGCAGAAUGGCAAGCAGUGUUGCUCUUACUUAGGUGUUGCUGCAUAUUGGUCUUAACUGUAUAUGCAUGCUAUGUUGUGCGAUAGCAGCGAUCAGGAUGAUUUGCCCCCUUUUGCUCUACGUGCAAGCCACGGUCUGUUACUGUGUAAUCCUGAUACCUGAACUUUAUGGUGUUUUAGAAAACACUGAACUGUGCAAGGCAAUUUUUUUUCCCAGGAGCCACUUAAUGUAUAAGAACAAUCCCGUGAUGGUGUCUUUGGAUCAUGUGAAAUCUAACGUCAUAAUGAUGGAAAAUGAGAUAUGCUACUUAAUCUGUAGAAUGACAAAAAGUGUCAAAAUGUUGAUUUUUCAAAUGGAAAUUAUUUGCAUGGAGGGACAGGGACUUUUGAAGAGUUUUCUCCAUGACGUUUUGGCCCUUGAACUUAAGCGAUCGAUACUCCAAGCUGUUCUCCAGCGACAGAAUCGACGGAAACCAGCCUUUGGCAGCGGAUCUUAAUUAACUACCUCAUUGAUGGGGUCGAUGCCCAGUCUUGUGGCAAAAGCAUGUGGUGGUACAUACUAGCCAAUAAAGAGCAAGUCUGAAGAUCGAGUAUUAUAUAUCAUGACAACUGAACCACUUUCGGAGGAGAUGAUCGUUAUGAACUUCCAAUAAGUCCUGUUCCUAUUACAUGGGAGAUGUCAAAUGUAAAAUCUCUCACGCUGGUCAAUAUUUGUGCUUCCAUUGGGGUUUAAAUAUCUUGACAUCAGUCUUUUAAAAGGGGAGAGAGUGUCAUAGUUACUGUUAACAGUGUAUUGACUGUUGAUACCACUCAUUUUGGGGGGAAAAAAAAAGACAUACCUUUUUUUGUAUUUCUUAGUUUCUUGUACUUAGAUUCACAGACUGAUUGGGAUUCAUAGAUUCCCUUGCUUUGAAAGGGAAAAUUUCUCUGAAAACCAAGGUAAUUCUCCCAGAUAACCUGGUGGAAAUUUUUAAUCUUCAACUUUCCUGGGUCAACUUCAGGGAAUAUUCGAUCAGAUAGAGAGGCCUGUAUGAUCCAAGACAGGUUCUCACCUUAAUACUGCCUGAUGAUUGCUGUCAGGUAAGCUGUUCUUGCUGAGAGCCCUUAGCUUUGAAAGCUUUGAGGACUGGAGGCCGAGAGGAUUCGGUGAAAAGCCUUUGAUGUUACACGACCUGUUCCUUAUGGUCCUCCAGAGCAUGGGGUUAGAUACUAUGCUUGGGUCAGACAUGUAUUUAAUGCUGUAAAAUUGAUGGGGAGUUUUUUUUAAUCAUUAUUUUUAUUUUUUACAGUGGGUUGGGAGGAUAUAAGUCAUCUGUUCCAUCUGUUGCAGGUAGUUUAAUGUGUUGCUUUCUAUGUGUCCUACACCCAGAUUCUGUGGGCGGUGGCUGCAUAAAAUCCUAUUUAAACAUUUAAAAAGAUGAUAAUAUGGGCUGUAUCUAUUUUGAUAACUUCAUGCAUAUGUUUAUUGAAUAAUACCGACUUGGCCUUUUCUUUUGAGCUUUGGGCUACAUGUGUUCUUACCAAGACUAUAGUUUGUAUACACGGAUUCAUUGGUAGUUAGGACUCGAUAGGAGGUUCCUUCCCCGCCUGUCUUGUUUCCACCACAAUCAUCUAGUGUUUACAUACAUUUUAGCCUCCGUGCCAUUUCUGAAGGUUUUAUUUGUCUCAUUUACGUUUUUGGUUUGGAUAAUACUUAAAUAUGAAAUCCAUCUGUGAAACAUAUUGUAUAUUCACGUUGACGGGUAAAACCAGUUUUUAAUUAAAAUUUUAUACAGCACUUGUA